UAAUUUCUAUAAAUUAACUUCAGUACAUAGAUAACAUGGCGACUCCGAUUGUUAGGGCGACUGCGAUGUUUAGGGCUUCGAUCUGAGAUAGUCGAUUCCGGCGGAGAGGGGAGAGGAUUGAGGGAAGGUCUCUCGAUUGCUCUCGAUGGUUGUAGAAUACGAAAUUGGACGGCUGUUCGAUUUCGGUAUCUCGAGAGAUAUGGUCAGUUAAUUUCAGAUCCGGCUCCAUGUGGGGGAUCUGCGGGUUUUUGGGUUUUGCGAAUAAGGACUCAGAGAGUUUUAAUGGGAAAGGAUACAUGGAUCCAUGAGGAUGGGUGUGUAAUGAUGCGAUUAUCAGGUAUAUCUGGAUGGAUUCGCGUCCCAGGUCGGUUGAUUUUGGAAUUUCCUUUUGUGGAUUUUUGGAUUGAUACGUAUCUCGAGUUGAUCCUGAGUGUUUAUGUGAUCUUUGCUAUCGAGGAUAUGAUUUUGGCUAGUGGCGAUACGAUUCUUCAGUCAUUGGGUAAUGGGAUCUUCUUUCUUUGUCUAUGGUGGUUGUUGUGGAAGAGAAUAUUUGGUUUUUUACAUUUACGGGAUGUUUUGGAAGCUACGAAGAUAUGGUUUCUGAUUUCUCUCUGAUUGGUGAUCUUGGUUUGUGAUCGUAUAUUAAGUUGGUAUUACUUUAUUCGUUCUCAAUUACUGGUGGGUUUGCUGGGGUACCAUUGCCGGAGCUUUCUCGUUUGCGCUUCAACGUUCAUCUUCGUCAACGUGUUUGAGUUUCAUCAUGGCUCAAUUGACACUUAACAAAGGCAAGGCGGCUAUUGGCCAUACUAAGGUUGUCAAGAUUUCGAGUUCUGUCUUGGCUCAGCGUAUUCAACAAUUUUCUCUUACCCUGAUUGGAAGGUUAAUGAAUCCAGCAGUUCAGAGGAUGGAGUCUUUGAUUGCUAAUCUGCCUAAGAUUUGGAAGUUGGAAGCUAAAGUUUUGGGAGCAGACUUGGGGCAGGAUACCUUCCAGUUCAACUUCGAGGAAGAAGCGGAUCUUCAGGAAGUCUUGCUCAAUGGUCCUUAUCAUUGUGAUGGCUGGAUGAUCUCAUUGGUACGUUGGGAACCUAUCGUUUCUGACUCUUAUCCCUUGGCUACCAGUUUCUGGGUGAAGGUGGGUGGAAUCCCAAUGCAUCUGUGGGAGUUAGCGACGUUAGAAGCUAUAGGGAAGAAGGUUGGUAGAAUUAAGGAGUUAGAUGAGGAUACGGGUAGCAUUUGUGUUACUGUGAACGGUUUCAAUCCUUUACUUUUCCACUUGGUGGUCCCUUUUGAUACAGGUGAUGAGGUGGUGGUAUCUAUUGAGUAUGAGAAGCUUUCUGGUUACUGUAAGCACUGUUUCCGUUUAACACAUGAUGUGUUGGUCUGUCUUGUGCUGAAAAAUGCUCAAGCUAGUCGAGGUAUGGUCAAACUUGCCGAUAAGAGGGGUGUUCAGCGACAGCAGGGUGUGGUUAUACAAGGUUCUGCUCAACAUGAUGGUGGGUGGGAGAAACCAAGGAAACAUGUGAAGCGUGCUUUGGAUUUUCAACCUGAGUAGGCCAACGAGAGGAGACAACCUCAGUUUCGGGGUGGUGACUCUAGUUCUCCGGCUUUCCUCUGCAAGUGAGGAAUCAAGGCCAUGCUUGGGGACAAAAGACGAGAUAUCACAGCAGUGGGUCAGGAUCUAACUUGGGCUUCGAUCCCUCUGGUUCGCAGGUGAUUAGAGGUGACAUGGUGGAUCACUUCUCUGGUGUACCCCAAUAGAGGAAGGGUAUUCGACCGGUGUGACCAAAACCAUUGUAUAAGGUCAAGCAGGCUUCUGGUGAGAAAGGAAAUCAACACCCUGCUCAUGAUGGUGAUUCCUCUGUGAUGGUCGAGGACAAUCCCGUGAAGGUAUCCGUAGAGAAUGGUUCAGGUGGGGGGGAUGAGGAUCUUUAGGAUCAGUGUUUUAAUGAGAGCACUGAUGAUUUGCUGGAGGAUGGGGAGUUUGAAGACAACACUAAUCUUGAGGAUUCAAGGUUAGAGUCGGAUUUAAUGCUUAAGGAUGGCACUGAGUCGGGUGUAGAUGCGGAGGGUAAUUCUAUCCAAGGUAAAGGCAUUAAACAGGGGGUGUGUGGGAAAGCAAGGUCAAAAGGCAAAAGAUGGCAUUUCUGUUGGUGGCGGAAGUUGUCCUUUUAAGAAAGGGAUGGUGGCUCUCCUGAAACCACCACGUGAAGGUUCUAAGCUGGAGCUGUCAGGGUAUUGGGGCUGAUCUGACAGAGAAUUAUUUGGGUGAUUUGUGGAGGAAGCAUCGACCAUAUAUUUUAUUUUUAUCAGAGACAAAGAAAUGUUUUUUUUAUUUACAAAAAUUUCAAAAUAAGUUUGGUUAUAAAAAAUUGUUUACUGUUGAACCCCGCGGGGUCAGUGGUGGUUUGGCUUUAUUUUUCAAGGAUGAAAUAAAUCUUUCUAUUAUCUUUGAUAAU